GCCCAUUUUAUGUGGCUAUGCGCUUCUGGAAUUAUGCUUUUAUCAUCGCGAUGUGGGUAUUUUUCCCGGGAGCUGUUGCUUUAGUUGGCUCAAUCUUCUUUCUAUUUCUACGCAGUAGACAGAAGAAGGCUAUCGCAGAAGCACCGCCACGACCAAAUGUCAACUGGGAUAAGCAAUCCCUUCCUGUUAAAGGUGAACCCGGUGUUUACAAAAGCGGUCUUCUCACAAAUGACAACGAAAAUGUGAUUGAACGCAUCUACCCGGAUGUGGAGACACUUUAUGAUGCAUUCCUACAUGGCUUGAAGAAAUCCCACGACGGAGAUUGCCUCGGAAAACGAGGACCUGACGGGAAAUACUACUUCCGCAAAUAUUCUGCAAUUUUGAAAGAUUCUGAAAAACUUGCAUCUGCUUUGCUGGGAGUGCUGGGACUAAAACCGGGUGACAAAAUCGGUAUCUACUCGCAAAAUCGUCCAGAAUGGAUGAUUACGGCCUUAGGCUGCAUUCAGCAAUCAGUAAUUUUGGUGCCGCUUUACGAUACGCUAGGUGCUGACGCUGCUUCAUUCAUUGUCUCACAAACUGAAACCAGCGUCAUUUUGGUCGAUGCCGUUCAAAAGGCGAAGAAUUUGCUGUCAAAAAAAGAUUCAAUGCCCUCACUCAAAAUCAUUAUUAUGGCGGACAAAAAAGAUUUCACAUAUGAAUUGACUAAGGAGACGCAGGUCCAUGGCAUUAGGUUGAUGUCCUUCGAAGAGAUUCUUUACGCAGGCACAGAAAAACCUCAAUUAAGGCAUCUACCAAACAAGGAUAACAUUUACAUAAUCUGCUACACCUCAGGAACCACUGGAAGGCCGAAAGGAGUUAUUUUGACGCACAAAAAUGUUAUGGCCAAUGUUAGCUCUUUUGCAUAUAUAGCCACAACAAUGGAGCCACGGUUACUUGACGAAAAUAAUACGGCUUUAUCGUAUCUACCGUUGUCGCACAUGAUGGAGCAAGUUGCUCAUUGGGUAAUGCUUAUGUAUGGAUGUCGUAUAGCCUACUAUAGCGGAAGCAUUCCGCGUCUUACUGAGGAUAUUGAGGCUUGUGUACCUACAGCUUUGAUGGCCGUGCCACGAAUAUUGAAUAGAAUCUACGCUGCAAUUCAGGCUAAAGUACAGAAGAACAUUUUCUCGAGAAUGAUCUACAGUAUUGCCCAUUCGCAGAAGCUUGGACUACUAAAACAAGGCAUAACCACAAAGGACACAAUCUGGGACAGAUUAGUUUUUAGAAACGUUCAGAAGCAACUAGGCGGUCAAGUCAACUUCAUAAUGGUAGGUUCCGCUCCUCUUUCAGAAGAAGUCUUGCAAACAUGUCGAAUUGCUUUGGGUACAAGGAUAGCUGAAGCUUAUGGUCAAACAGAAUGCACAGCCAUUGUUACCCUGGGUUGGCUUGGGGACUGGACUGGUGGUCAUUGUGGAGGAGUCUCAACAUGCUGUAACAUAAAACUUAUUGAUGUUCCUGAGUUAAAUUAUUAUGCCAAGGAUGGCCGAGGAGAGAUCAUGGUCCGAGGACCAAGUGUCACUCAAGGCUAUUAUAAAGAUCCUGAAAAGACUAAAGAGCUUUUUGCCGAAGAUGGAUUCAUACAUAGCGGUGAUAUUGGUGAACUUCAGCCAAAUGGCACAAUAAAAAUUAUAGAUAGAGCGAAACAUAUAUUCAAACUAGCACAGGGUGAGUACGUGGCUCCAGAAAAAAUAGAAAAUAUCUAUAUCCGCAGUCCAGUAGUACAGCAAGUGUUUGUUGAUGGUAAUAGUUUAGAAGGCUAUCUUAUUGGCGUGGUAGUUCCUCAGCCAGAAGUCAUGGAGGAAUGGAAUAAAGAGAAUGGCGUGGAAGGCCGCACCUUGAAAGAAAUCUACGAGGACAAAAAGGCACAAGACUAUGUGCUUUCGAAGCUACAACAAAUCGGAAAAGAAAAUAAACUCAAUUCAAUAGAACAGGUGAAACGGGUAUAUUUGGAGAUGGAUCCAUUCAGUGUAGAAAACGAUCUACUCACUCCAACAUUGAAAGCCAGGCGGCCUCAACUACGUCAAAAAUAUAAGGAAAUAAUGAAUAAGAUUUAUGAAGACAAUAGAAAUUCGUAAUGGUUUUUUCAUGAAUAUGUCGAACUUAAUGUUACAUCGUUGCAAUGUGAUUUAUUCACAGUACUCCCGAGUACGCAGGAAUAAAUUGAUAUUAUUGUGUGAAAGAG